AUGGCUCACAAUUCACUUCUGCCAAAGACCUAUGCCCCUGUGUACGUGCUGCAAAGCAUCUCUUGCACUGCCCCUCUCACAACGUACUCCUCUUUAAUUGUCCACUACCACUCCUCGCACCCUCAGGCCAUCCUCAGGUGCACCCCAGACGACCACCCAGACCACGCCCCACUCACCACCCAUGCCCUGCCCCGGGUCAGGCGUGUGUGUCAACAUGUCAACAGCAUUGUCACCAAAGUGUCAAACGCAUACAAGCUGCAACGGCUCGCGAGUGCGUUGGACUGUAGUACACUCAUCAAGCCAGUGGACUUGUAUGACACGCCACGGGUGAUUGUGUUUGAAGGGCCGCUGGAGGUUAAAAUGGCCCACUCGGAGAAGGACGGCGAGCUGGGACGCAAGAGCGACAAGGGGAAGAUGAAACAAGGCAGAGAGGUGCACGCCAUUCUGCUGAGUGACCUGAUGCUACUGACCUCCAAAAAACCCGACAGCGUCAAAGUCAUUCUGCAACCCAUCGCACUGUUCCAACUGCUCGUGAGAGAUGUGGCUGCAACGGCUACGGACGCCAAGUCAUUCUACCUACUGUCACUCACGGGUGGGACUAGCCACAUGCACGAGUUCAUUG